AUGUCUCAACCACCUCAAAGUCCCUAUGACCAAGAAUCAGAGGAUGAAUUUGAAAGAUUGGAAUCUACGUUACCUCCAUCGCUUCAACGAUCAGCUUCAUCAUUAUUUGAAACUUUACAAAGUAAUAGUCCUGUUCAUGGAUCUGGAUCAAAUAUUCUUAAUUCUCCUGCUCCAACUAGAGAAAAUCACUUCCAUUCAAUUUAUUUGAAUAAUCCUGCUUCAAGAACUCCUAAACCUCCUACUAAUAAUAAACAAUUUAGAAGUGCUCUUAUUUCAAAAUUAUCAAAACCUGAUAAUGGAAGAGAAGCUUCACCACUUCCUAUCCCAAGGCCAAAAUUCGAUGAAGAAUUUUUUAAACCUGCUAUGAAUACCAAGCAAUCUUCAACUGGUGUUUUAUGGGUAACUGAAAGAGCAACUGAAUAUGGUUAUGAUAGUGAGCACGUUGGUGAAUGGGCUAAUUUAGGUCAAGGAGCUCCGGAACAUGGUGAUACUAUUCCAGGAUCAUUUCCAAGACCAAAAUCAAUCCCUGUUCCUGAUAAUUCUAAAGAAUAUGCUCCAACUGCUGGUAUUAAACCAUUAAGAGAAGCAGUUGCUAAUUAUUAUAAUGAAACUUAUCGUAAAAAUAAAUCUUCAAAAUAUACUUGGAAAAAUGUUUGUAUUGUUCCAGGAGGUAGAGCAGGUUUAACUAGAAUUGCUUCAAUUAUUAGUGAUUGUUAUUUAAGUUUUUUCUUACCUGAUUAUACUGCUUAUGCAGAAAUGUUAUCAUUAUUUAAGAAUUUUUCUCCUAUUCCAGUUCCUUUAAGUGAAAGUGAUAAUUAUGAAGUUCAUUUAGAUAUGAUUAAGAAUGAAUUAAUAAGAGGUGUAAGUGCUCUAUUAACUUCAAAUCCAAGAAAUCCAACUGGUAGAUGUAUGAAUCCUGCUCAAUUAAAACAAUUACAUGAUUUAUGUCGUGAAAAAUGUUUAUUAAUUAUGGAUGAAUUUUAUUCUCAUUAUUAUUAUGAUGAUAAUUGUACUGGAUCUUCAAUUUCUUCAGCUGAAUAUGUUGAAGAUGUUAAUCAUGAUCCUGUUUUAAUCUUAAAUGGAUUAACUAAAGCUUUUAGAUUACCAGGUUGGAGAAUUUGUUGGAUCUUAGGACCAGAAGAAUAUAUAAAUUCAUUAAGUAGUGCUGGAUCAUUUUUAGAUGGUGGAUCUAAUGCUCCAUUUCAAUUUGCAGCCAUUGAUUUCUUAGAACCUUUAAAAGUUAAAGAAGAAAUGAAGGCUUUACAAUUACAUUUUAAAAUGAAACGUGAUUAUAUUAUUGGAAGAUUAUCCAAAAUGGGAUUUACUUUUAAUGAACAUAAUACUCCAAAUUCGACCUUUUAUUUAUGGUUAAAUUUAUCUCAUUUACCAGGAAAAUUAAGUAAUUGUUUAGGUUUCUUUCAUGAAUGUUUACAUGAAAAGGUUAUUGUUGUACCAGGAUUCUUUUUCUUAAUUAAUCCUCAAAAUUUAUCAAGAUUAGAAGAUGUUAUUUGGUAUAAUUAUGUAAGAAUUAGUUAUGGACCAGAAUUACAUCAUUUAGAAAAUGGAAUGGAUGGUAUUGAAAAUAUUUUAUCACGUUUUGGAUGUCUUCCAUAUGAGAGGACUUCUGAUCAGUAG